AGGUAAACUAGUCAGACUGAUUCCGGGCAACGCCUUAUUUCUUCUGUAGGACAGUGGACACUUCCUAGAGUGGACUUCCGGUGCGAAGGAUUUAGUAUCGGGUCUGUUGGAUCUCGGGGCCGGGAGAAGCUUCGCCCGUUCACCGGAUCACAGGUUACCUUUGGAUCAUUUUUUGCUCAAGUUAGACCAACCAACGUGAUCACACUGAAUGAGGAGUUUUCUGCUUCCAUAACGCCAUUUUCUAACAGUGGGGUCUGUUUGAAUGAGGAUGACAAUGGAAGAGAUGAAGAAUGAAGCAGAGACCACUUCAAUGGUUUCCAUGCCACUUUAUGCAGUUAUGUAUCCAGUUUUUAACGAGCUGGAAAGUGUAAAUCUUUCAGCAGCUCAGACACUACGAGCGGCUUUUAUAAAGGCAGAAAAGGAGAACCCAGGUCUCACGCAAGAUAUCAUUACAAAAAUACUUGAGAAGAAGAGUGUAGAAGUGAACUUCACCGAGUCCCUCUUGCGUAUGGCCGCUGAUGAUGUUGAAGAGUAUAUGAUUGAAAGACCAGAGCCAGAAUUCCAGGAGCUGAAUGAGAAAGCACGCGCACUUAAACAGAUCCUUAGCAAGAUUCCUGAUGAAAUCAAUGACCGGGUGCGAUUUCUUCAGACAAUCAAAGAUAUUGCUAGUGCAAUAAAGGAACUUCUAGACACAGUGAACAAUGUCUUCAAAAAGUACCAGUAUCAGAAUCGCAGGGCACUCGAGCACCAAAAGAAAGAAUUUGUAAAAUACUCCAAAAGUUUUAGCGACACUCUGAAAACUUACUUUAAAGAUGGAAAGGCAUUAAAUGUAUUUAUAAGUGCCAACCGCCUAAUUCAUCAAACCAACUUGAUACUCCAGACCUUCAAGACUGUGGCUUGAAAACUGUAAAUGAAUGAGAGCUGUAAUUUUCAGUGGUGGAGAGCUACUCUAUUAUGUAAAUUAAGUUUUGACUGUAUAAAUUAUCAGUUCCUCCAGAGGGACAUAAAUGCAGGAUGUUGAAUGGGAUUAUUGCCAUCUUACACCAUAUUUUUGUAAGAUUUAUUGUAGCUUAUCAUAAUCUCACGAUGAAGAUUUUGCAUCACUUUUUUGCUAUUAUCAUUCUUUUCAGAAUUAUAAGCCAAAAGAAUUUACGCCUUAAUGUGUCAUUAUAUAACAUUCCUUAUAAGAAUUGUAAAUAUUGGUGUUCUGUUUCUGACAUUUUAACUUGAAACCGAAGAGCUGCAAGAUUAUGUAUUUAACAAUAUUUGGUGGCAAAUAUUCAAUAAAUAGUUUACAUCUGUUAAA